GAAGAAGAAGAAGAUCAAGAGCAAUCUGAGGAUGCCGAGGUCUUUCCUUAUUAAGAAGAAACGUGGGGCAUGUGGAGCCUGGCAGUGGAAAGAACCAGAGCAUCAUGAGUGGAAAGAAGACAAUAUAGAAGUGAGUGAAAAUGCUAAGGAGCAGAUUUCCUGCAGUCCUGACACCCAACAGCCUUCCACUGUGCCUCAGUCAGCAGCCACCUUAGGAUACGGGACAGCAGCAAGAAUGAGAACGCCAGUGCCUAUGGCCGGAUCAGGGGGAGCAGGGGCUGACGGCAGGCUGGACUGGUCCACACUGAUGCUCCGAGGCUCUUUCUACCAUCCCAGUACACUGGCACUGGUCAGCAGAGCAAAGCCCCGUCCCCGUAAUUCCCCAGGCUCAGGCGACUUUGUGUGCUCGGUGUGCCACAAGGUUUUCCCUCUGCAGCGCAUGUUGACCCGCCACCUGAAGUGCCACAGCCUGGUGAAGAGACAUCCUUGUCGAUUCUGCGGCAAAGGAUUCAACGAUACCUUCGACCUCAAAAGGCACAUGAGAACACACACAGGUAUACGUCCCUACAAAUGUGAGAUGUGCGAGAAAGCCUUCACACAGCGUUGCUCCCUGGAGUCCCACAUGAGGAAAAUUCACGGUGUUCACCAACAGUAUGCGUACCGCCAGAGACGCUCCAAGAUCUUCGUGUGUGAGGACUGUGGUUACACCUCGAGCCGCCCCGAUGAGUAUUUCCUCCAUAUGAGACAGUGCCACCCUGGCAGCCCCGCCCUGCGCAGGUACUACCGCCGCCAGGCCCACGAGAGCGGCGGCUUUGCAUCAGCAGACCGUAAAGUCAAUCCCUAUUUGCUGUACUCAAACCCUGCAUAUUAUAUGUAGGGCUCAUUCUGAUUGUUAGCUACACUCUAUUGUAGCUGUAACCUUAAACAAAAAUGAAGUUUAUUAGUUUUAAUGAAGUUUUCAACUGUAACUGUAACACACUGGUCAUCUAUGCAUGUACUCAUAUGCAUGUGUUCAUUCAUUAGCUUCUAUUUUGAAUAAUAGUUUUUAUUUCUUGU